ACGACAAUAAUAAUAAUAAUAAUAACAACAGUGGUACAAACAAGAAGAAUAUUAUUAAAAAAAAAAAAAAAAAAUACCAGGAACAAAUUAGUGCGCAAGCGUAUAUAAAUUAUAUCGACAGAUCGCAAUGGGAAACGGUGGAAGUGCGUUGGACGUGGAGAUGAGUUCACUGUCUACUUCACAGUCAUCCACCGAACGUCCGCACAUCAGGAGAACGCCAAUGCGGCCAAUAAUCGCUGAAUACGACCCGAAGAAGCACGGGGUGAAAACAGAACUCUCAGACAUGGUGCUCGUCAAAUACAAAUGUGAGAAAAAUGACGUUCCAAUCACCGUCAGCAACGGGUCGACCCUCCCUCUCGUCGAGCGUCCCGACGACGAGGAGGCGGCCCUCUACGAUCCGUUCGAGCACCGGAAGCUGGCUCACCCAACUUCCGACAUGGACACCCUCAUCCAUCUGCUCAAGGGUAGCUUGGGCACGGGGAUCCUUUCGAUGCCCAUGGCUUUCAAACACGCCGGUCUCGGCUUUGGUCUUGUCGCAGUCUUCUUUAUCGGCGCCAUCUGUACCUACUGUGUUCACAUUCUGGUUAAAUGUGCCCACGCUCUUUGCAGGCGGACUCAAACACCGAGUCUCGGCUUUGCCGAAGUUGCCGAAGCCGCGUUCUUCGCCGGACCUGAACCCGUUCAAAAAUACGCGAGACUUGCCAAAGCGACGAUCAACACGUUUUUGGUUAUAGACCUGAUCGGAUGUUGUUGCGUGUACCUAGUGUUUAUUGGUGAAAACGUUCGAAAGGUCAUGGACGUCCAAAUGGGUAGAGCACCAAAUGAUCCGUCUGAUAUAAGGCUAUACAUAGCAGCCCUUUUGCCGCUACUGAUAGUCUUCUCCCUUAUCAGGAACUUGAAAUGGUUAGCACCGUUCUCCAUGCUGGCCAAUAUUCUAAUCGCCUCUGGUUUGGCAAUUACGUUUUAUUACAUAUUCAAAGCCCCUGAGCCAGUUGGUGAUCUCCCGUUAUUCGCACCUUGGGGCGAACUACCCAUGUUCUUCGGUACUGCUAUUUUCGCAUUGGAAGGCAUCGGUGUUGUUAUGCCCCUUGAGAACAACAUGAAAACCCCUAACCACUUCAUCGGAUGUCCGGGCGUAUUGAACAUCGGGAUGUUCUUCGUUGUUCUGCUCUACGCAGUCGUCGGUUUCUUCGGUUAUCGUGCCUUCGGAUCAGAAACCGCAGCCACAGUAACGCUAAACCUGCCGGACACGAUUCUCGCCGAUUCUGUGAAGAUCAUGAUCGCUAUUGCGAUAUUCUUCACCUACGGUCUUCAGUUUUACGUGCCCGUUGAGAUAAUAUGGAAAAAUAUCAAGCACCGUUUCGGAGCUAGGAAAUUGACCGCAGAAUACUGCCUGCGAAUUUCCCUAGUUAUUUUCACCGUAGUCGUCGCCAUAUUGAUACCAAAUUUGGGACCCUUCAUAUCCCUAGUCGGUGCCGUAUGCUUGUCAACCCUCGGUCUCAUGUUUCCAUCCGUAAUCGAACUGGUCACUGUAUGGGAGGCCGAUAACGGGCUUGGAAGAUUCAAAUGGCGGUUAUGGAAGAACAUCGCUAUCAUUGCCUUUGGUGUGCUUGGUUUUGUUACCGGUACAUACGUCAGUGUAAAAGACAUAGUAAAUGCUAAAUAGGUAAAAGGGUAAUGGAAACUAGCUGAUUUUUACAUCGGUUAUCAAGGUCGCUUCGAGGUAGAGCUCAGGAUUAAUUGAUUCGGUUUUUUCUUUUCUCGACAAACUUACCUCGAGAAUAUUAAAUUGCGGUGCCGCGGGCCGAUCCCUGCACUCCACGGAUUAAUUGGUCAAGCGGCGUCUGUAUCUAAUAUGGAACGGCAUCGCGGUGCCCGGGUAUUGCUUAAUAAAUGAAAUACGAAGACGGACUAAAAACACAAGCGCAUCAAUUCUCUCUCUUUGUCGUUUAACCACCCAUCUCUGCACACAUACGCACACACGCAUAAAACAUCAUUGUACCAAGAAGCGAAAAGUAUACAACACACCAAGCUCCACCUGUCGCUAAUCAUUAGAAUACUAGAAACGUAUUAUUUUUGUUUCAUUUUGCUUUUUUAUACGUUUUUAUGGAGUACAGUUUUUUGCCUCGAGAGUAUUAUUAUUUUCUUUAUAAACAAUUUGGAUUCCUAUUUUCACUAUACAGUGCGCUUUUUUUUUCACUUUGCAUGCUAGCUUAUUAAAACCACGUGAUUCUUAUAUACUAUAUAUAUAUAUAUAGAGAGAGAGAGAGAGAGAGAGAGUAUACAUAUACUUAUAUUUUUUGUUGCGUACACGAAAAAUUGCAUACGAGAAAGAGGGAAAGAGAGAAAGAAAGAGAGGGAGAGAGAGAGAGAGAGAUAGUAAGACAUAGAGCGCGAAGAUACACGUGAAUCUUUUUACGAUUGAUGUUUGCUGAGGCAAACGGAAGCAGAAUUGAUAAAACAGUCGUUAAACAAUAGUUGCAAUGACGCAAAGCAACGAUACGUGCAUGCAAGUAUGAUACACGGAUUAGAGGAUAGAAGGAGGACAAUAAGAGAAAAAAAAAAAAAAUCAAGACCUUUAGCCUUUGCAAAUUCUUCCCGAAGAGAAAAAUAAGUCAGUGGAGAAAUAUACGGUAAAAAAAAAAAAAAUAAAUAACAGCUACCGCUGGUAAAAAAUUCAGAUGUGAGGGUCUCAAGUCAAAUACUUAAAAAAAAAAAAGAUCAACAGAAAGAGAUUAAAGAUAGAUUUGCGAAUUUUGAUACGUAGUUUAUCUUUAUUUUUGCUUUUUUCCAAAAAAAAUUUCAUCACAAUGAAAUAAAUAUUCGGUUAUUCAUUGAAGAAAGAAAAAACAAAAAAUAUACAAAGAAAACAAGACAAUAUUACAGAAACGUAUACGUCCGUGGUUUUUCCUUGGUAAUAGAUGAUAUAUUCAAAAGAGAUAUAUUAUAUACUAUAUUAUAUUAGGUAUAUACAGAAAUGAUGUACUUUGAAUAGACAGAGAAAGGGAGAGAGAGAGAAAAAAAAAAAAAAAAAAUUAUCUGCGAAGAAAAGAUUCACGUAAAGUAUAUAAUAUAUAUAUAUAUAUAUAUAUAUAUUCCAUAGAAAUUGACCGGAAUCUCAGACCGAUGAUUAAUGAAAGCAAAUGAAAAUAAAAAGUAACGUAUAAAAAUUCAUGGCGCCGCCGUUCGGGGCCUUAUAUAUAAUUGUUCUCUUUUUGUACAUAUAUAUACGUGCUCUUAUACAUAUACGCGAAUGAAUGAUGCAUCUUGACAUUGUAUACAUAUAUGCGUAUGCGUGCGCAUAUUUGUAAGUGUAUAAGUAUAUACAUUUUCUUUUAGACUAGAAGCGAUCUUGCCUUGUACGAAGCGUAGACAUGAAAUUGUAGUAGCUAAGUUUUAGUUAGCUUACUACCUGGGCAAUUUUUCUCAUGACUCGUUCGCGGCCACCCGGUAUCACUUUCUACCGAUUUUAUGCUCGUAUUAAACUAUCGGGGGACCCUGAACUUGGCACGAAAAAGGGCUCAGCGCGUCAAGGCAAACCCUAAGGCCCCUCUGUGAUUGGCUGCAGGGCGGAGCGGGAGCUGUUCCACAACCCUGUGGCAAAUUCAUUUAAGUUCAUUCUUUUUACACACGUAAAAAUAUACCUUUCUGUCUAUGCUAUGGUUUCCCCGUUUGCAUUUUAUCGCGUGAUAACUCGUUAAUAUUUUACAUUCACCUUAUUUAUUUUUGAAAUAUGGCCAAAAAUAAAACAAGUACGAAUAUUAAUGUCAACGCGACAAUCUAUUGACGAACUCACGCGAAGGAAUCGAACUUGAAACUAGAGAGUAACGCUAACGAAUUCCCUGACCGACGACUUGGCGACGUCUGUAGAUAUUUUACAAAAUUAUAUCACACGAUGGUACCUAACAACCUUCGAUUGGUCGAACUUUCGUAAGAGUAUAAAUAUUUUCGGUAUUAACAUAUAACAACGAGCACACCUUCUGCAGCGUUUUUUUUUUUCGUAUCCGCAGGGGAAUUUCGUUAGCCGAAAAGACUAUAUUUGCUUCUAGAUUAGCACUGUAUAUUAGGUUUAGAUAUAAAUAUAUAUAUGAAUACACACACACACACACAUAUAUAUAUUUUUUUUUUCAUAAGUCGAUAGGACAUAGAACGUUUGAAUAUUUAAUUAGAUUAUUAAUUCAUAGCUAUAUCAUCAUCAGUUUCGGAAGUUCGCUGUCUUUUUUUUUCUUUUGUUUUCCUAUAACGAAAAUUAGGACAGCGACGAUCGAAACUCGUGCACGGGACAUGAUUAUCGUAGAUUACAUCUAUACACAGCAUAGAAAAAGUAUUAAUUAUUAUUAUAAUAUGUCGCGUCGUUUGCCGAGGAUGUCCUCCGUGUAUGAAAUUUUUUUCUGCAUUUUUUUUCCCCCUACUAUCAUUCUUACAUCGUUUUACACAAUCUCUUCGGUAUUCAAACACGUGUAUCAUUGUAGUAUUGUUUAGUUAAAUUGUUUAUAUCUACAUCCCAUAUUCUGAAGCUGGAAAACAUUUUCGCGAUAAGAUGCAAAAUAUUAUUACAAUUGCGCAGAAAACUAAACGAGAGGUAAAAUUCAUACAUCCAAAAACUUGCUUUAAACUUUGGUAUAAGAAAAAAAAAACAAAAAAACAAAAAAAAAAAAAACAAAAAACAACGUUCGAUCUGAAGAAAUAAGAAAAGUAAAAGAAAGUAAUAAUCAUAAUAGAGAAAUAGCUAUUUACUAAUUGAACGAGUAUUAGCUUAGAGAUUUCGUAAUUAUUUUUUAUUCGUGCCUUGACUAUAUAGAUAGAGAAAAGAUGUACAAUUUCGCCUCCAUAACGAAAAUUGAAAAAAAAAACAAACAAACAAACAAUAACAAGAAAAAAAAUCACGUCGCAUACGCGUAACAUAUGACAGAAAAGCCAGAUUAUUCCGAGGAAAAAAAAAAACGCAUGAAAUUUUGUUACUCCUGAAAUCGUUGUUGUUCCUUGUAUACAUAAAUAGAUAUACUUAUAUACAAAUGUAAUGUACAAACCGUAAAAAAAAAAAAAAAAAAAACAGCGUUUCGAGGCUUUGCGAUGUAUUUUUUUUCUUUCAUCCGUAAAAACGCUGACGUGAUAGUUGGGCAGCGUGCCUUCUGUAAGUAGAUUUUUGAAAUAAAAACGAGAGAAAAAAAAUAAGAAAGAAAAAAACAAACAAACAAAAAGUAAUACAUAAGAAACGAAAAAGAAAAAAAAUAUUACGGAUCGAAGUUUGUAUAAAAUUAAGAAAUAAAACGCCCUUCUUGGCGUGUAACUUGAACGUGUGACAAGUUACCGUUGAAGUAUUGGCAUUUUCCUAGUGAGAAUCGUACAAAAAGAGAAAGAA